AUGUCAUUUUUCACUCCUUCGAACCAGCAGCGCUCAUUGCGCGCCUGCAUGGUCUGCUCCGUCGUCCAGGCACACACCAAAUUCAUGCGUGACGGCUGCCCCAACUGCGAAAAUACCCUUCAGCUCCGCGGAAACACCGACGCUAUUCAAGAAUGUACCUCGCAGGUCUUUGAGGGCUUGAUCGCUGUGCGCGACCCGACCGCCAGCUGGGUUGCGCGUUGGCAACGUUUAGAUAACUACGUUGCGGGGACAUACGCCACGAAAGUGACAGGAUCGCUUCCCGAUUACAUCAUUGGUAGCUUGGAGGACGCUGGCAUCAAAUACGUUCCGAGAGACGGAAGUACCGGUGAGGAGGAGGCUUGA